AUGGGUUAUUUCCUUUAUUUCCUUUCUUUCUGCGUCAUCGUCUGUGGUACAGCGCUUUACCUCACUCGGUCUCGAUGGCUACCGCUACUCCCAGUCCCCGAUUACAUCUACCAGCGCCUUCCCUCCAGCUUCACUGGCGAUCUAGAAGCCGGCCUUUCAUCGUCACAGUUCGACAUCACAGCCAAUGUUGCAGACGGCGACCUGAGAGCGGGACUAGACGAGGCCGGAAAGCUCGAAGUCAAAAGGAUCAUGAAAAGCCAGAAAGUUGACUUCGAUGAAGCCCGUCGGAUAUAUACCCAGCAGCGAUUCGCCAAACACAACAUCGGUCCUGAUGGCCGGCCCCGGGAUCCGAAGUUCGUUUCGUUUUCAUAA